CACUACAUAAACUUCAUCAAUAGCUGCACCGGCUGAUGUCCUUGUCCUUCCCCCACGUGCGCACCGGAGUGCGAGAACCUCAACGCCGACUGCUUGAUUAGACUUGGAUCCAAAAGCAGGGACAAUGACAGGGAAUCAAUGGGGAUAUGGGAAAGAGGACGGUCCGUCUGUAUGGCACAAAAACUUCCCCGUUGCCGAGGGGAACCGGCAGUCUCCCAUUGACAUCGUCCCUCAACAGGCUUCACAUGACCCCAACCUGGACCCGAUUGUCCUCAACUAUGAUCACUGUACCUCCAUGAACAUCACCAACAAUGGACACUCUGUAGUGGUGGACUUUGAUGACUCUGAUGACCGUUCAGUGAUCCAGGGAGGCCCUCUCGACAACCCCUACAGACUGAAACAGUUUCACUUCCACUGGGGCGGAAAGGGCUGCCAUGGCUCUGAGCACACUGUUGAAGGGAAUAGCUAUGCAUCUGAGCUUCAUUUAGUACACUGGAACGCUGUCAAGCACGACACAUUUGGGGAAGCGGCUGCAGCUCCCGAUGGCCUCGCUGUCCUUGGCAUCUUUUUAGAAUCAGGUGACGACCACAGAUGGCUCCACAUGAUAACAGACGCUCUGUACAUGGUGAAGUUUAAGGGCAGUGUCACAGAUUUCAAAGGUUUCAACCCCAAGUGCCUCCUACCCAGCAGCCUCCACUACUGGACCUACCUUGGAUCGCUGACCACGCCACCCCUCCAUGAGAGCGUCACCUGGAUCGUCCUGAAGGAGCCAAUUAUAGUGUCUGAAAAACAGCUGGGCAAGUUCAGACUGCUCUUGUUCACUGGGGAGGAAGAGGACCAGAGGACACGCAUGGAAAACAACUUCAGGCCUCCUCAGCCCCUGAAUGGCAGAAAAGUGCGUUCCUCCAAUUAAUGCGACCCCAAGAGAUCUGAUGUCAUAGAUAACGAAAUCGCUUUUAGACAACAGAGUGAAUGCAUAAAUAUGAGUGUACUUUUACCUCAUGUUAGCUUUCUGAUUCUUUACUUCUUUACAGAAGGAAAAAGUUCAAAGAGUAAUUCUCAUCACUGCCAGAACAUUAAGAUGCAUGUUUAUCUUCACUGGUCAGAAGUUUUAAUGACAGUGGGAGGAAUGAUUUAGGGAAAAAUAAAAGGGAUGUUACAAAGUAAUAUUAGAAUACUAACACUUAUGAUGCUCAUUGGGUAUAUAUAAUUAUAAGCUUUAUGAAGAUUUAAAGGUUGGAUUUAUACUUGCAUAGCUAUUUAAGGAAAACAAGUGUUGAGAAAAAAAGGUGCUACCGUACAACUAGCAGCAAGGUCUUGUAAGGCGUUAUUACCUUUAAUCCUCUGCUGCUCCCCAAUUAAAUAUCUAACUGCCUAGAUAUACAGAGCAGUCUGUUGCUGUUUGCACACUGGUACUAUGCCACCCUGCCGUCUGCAGAUCCAGGGCCUCAGCUGAUCCCGAUUGAUCCUCCGCUGAUCCAGCCUUUUGCUGGUGGAUAUCCAGUUCUUGUGGUCACGGAUCCUUUCCAACAACGAACUGGAGGUGGGAUUGGAUUAGUGCUGCAUUUAUCUAAAGUGCUCUGUUAGGUCGUGACGGGUAGCAUGAAAGUCUCAGAUCCUUUACAGCUUAAGAGACUGAGAUAUUUGUCCCCAUCAGGGUGGUUAUUAUUUUUAGCAUGUUUGCCCAAAACCUGUCUUUACAACCAUCUCUCACUUGGGGUUUAUCAAACUCUAGCAGCCCAAACAAAGACCCAAUGAAUUCAAUAUUUCAAACAAACUGUGCAUCUUUGUUUUUCUAAUCUUCAUUCUGAGAUUAAACUACACCUCGGUUAAAGCGUCACAUUUCCUGCUCCAGUCUCUUUACUAUGCAGGAAGGUUUCAGCGUGAUGCACAAACUUCUGCAGUUGCAGUUGUAAGAAAAAUAAAUGCACAGUCCAACAUGUAAUGCCUGACAGAGGCCCUGGUGUCUCCCACUUGGUGAGUUAUGGCAGCUUUGUGUAAUGCCGGUCCUUAUUUAGACCGACUUGGAUUUUGCUAAUACUGACCUAUGGCAGGGAUAAACAUAUAUUGUGGCCAUACAACCAGAUGCACACAUGAAGAAUCACACCUCACUUAUGAUUGUUUUAUGUCAUUGAUGUGAAAGGACAUUAAAAAUGUAAUUUAUGGGUGGUUUGAAUGUUUUUGUAAUGCAUUCAAAAUUUUGACAUUUGACAU